UGGGACGCCGUCUAUAUGAAUAUUCAUUGUGUAGUCAUUUAAGGACUGUAGUUUCUGCCUCGAACUAAUAACCAUAAACUCUGUUUUGGCGACAUUGAGACUUAACUUAUUAGCUUUGAGCCAGCGAUCAAUAUAUUUCAGGUCACCAUUGAUUUGGGACUCAAGAUCAGACUCAGAGUAUGGUAGCUGCAGAAAAGGUAACAUUAGUGUCGUCGGCAUACAUUCUAGGAGAGCCCACAUUCAAACAAGUUGGUAGAUCAUUUAUAUAGAUUAAGAAAAGAAGAGGACUAAUUAUUGACCCUUCAGGUACGCCACAAUUUAGAGGGCUCGCGCUAGAUAGAUGAUUGUUUACGUUACACCUUUGCAUACGGGUAGUUAGGUAAGAUUUAAACCAUUUCAGGGCGUCUUGAUCAACGCCAUACUUAGUAAGUUUUUUUAGAAUUAUCUCGUGGUCAAUAGUGCCAAAGGCCUUCUUCAAAUCAAUAAAGAUAGUGUGACUAAGUGACUAAGUUGGGAUUGCGAAAAUUACAUAUUUUCCCCAAAGUGACUAAGAUGGGGUCACAGAAAAGACUAUAAUGGGGUAGGGGCUCUGAGAGGCCAGCGGCACAUACCCAGCAAAAAUUAACCCAUUUCACCAUCAGUGUCAUUUAAUACGGGGCGGAAAAGAGAGCGCCAGAGCGCUCUGGAGAGCUAGACUGCGAGCACCCCAGCGACUUUGAAGAAAAUAAGAGUCUAGGACGUACGAGCGGCGAGUGGCGAGGCCCCUAGCCUCCCACGCAGGCGUUUUUAGAGGAGAUAACGAUGUCAAGAGACUAUAUAUCGUAACAAUUUAAUGAUUCAUCUCUCCCUUAGAUCGAGGGUAUUUGAUUUCGAGCAAUUGUCUGUUUAUCUGUAAUACGACUACCAUAUCGAUGUCGAGUGACUAUCGUAUCAAAGGCAUUGAUUCAUCUCGCGCUUAGAACUGAAAUCGCGGGUACUAGUUGAUAUCGAGUAAUUGUCUGUUUAUCUAUAAAACAACUACCAUAUCGAUGUCGAGUGACAUGCUCGUAUCAAUUGAUUGAUUUAUCUCGCUCUUAGAUCGCGGGUAUUUGAUACCGAGUAAAUUGUCUGUUUAUCUGUAAUAAAACAAAAAAGUUUUCCGGGUCUUGAUUUUCCGGGUCUAAGUUUUCCGGACACCCGUAAUCCAGGCGAUACAACUACCAUAUCGAUGUCGAGUGACUAUCGUAUCCAAUGAUUGAUUUAUCUCGCGCUUAGAUCGCGGGUAUUUAAUUCUGUUGUCUGUUUAUCUGUUUAGUCUGUAAAUGACACCCACAAUACAAGGGCACCCAACGACUGUUUUCAGUAAAAUAUCUGAUCGGAGAAGCAGAUUUUGCAUAGAAUUUUCUAUUACCCCCCCCCCGACGGCUAAAAAUGUUCUAGAUGACCGUUCCAUUCAUGUACAAUUCUCGAAGGUUAUCUAAUAAAUGAAUGAUUUAAGAAGUCUUAAUAUUUCUUCUUUGGAACCUAGACCUUUUCAGACAAAUAGCUACAAAUAAAUGGGUCUAUGUUGGAGAAGAAACAAUAUUUUAUCUGUUGCAUUUGAAUUAAUAAAGUUCGGAUAUCUAGAAGUAAUAUCACCAUAGAAUUUUUCUCUCGCGCGAUUGUAGAGACUAUCUGAAGCCCGUUUCGUUCUUAACAUACAUUAGAUGAACAAUAUUGACAUGUUCUAGAGUUUUCCGGAAUUUUUGGAAAAAAUGUCUACCAGUUUCAAUUCUUAAUCAUGGUUUCCUGAUCUCAAUUUCGCAACGGUUUGUCUCUGUUGCAAAUUUUUCAUUAAAAUAACCGAACUGAACAGAAAUACUUCCAGCCCUCCUUGAGACGUUUUGAAGGAAAAUUGAGACAGAAGUUUCUUAUUUAUUAGAUCGUUGAUUGCAUUUGUUGAGUAAGUGCGCGAAAAAAUCCAACCCUUCUCGGUUUUUGUUGUCACGCGUGCUGGACGAGUCUGAAAGAGAAAAUAGAUGGUGUGUGAGCAGGGAUAGAUUACAAAAUGAUUCUAUAAGAGAAAAGAAACUUAGCCAUACAAAUUUGGUGGCGACAAGGUAUCUUUUAAAAAAGAGAAUAAAAGCUCACUGCGGGUUGACGUGCGUCGAACGAAAACGUUGUUUAACAGUCGUCCCAUGAUCAAUCUCAUUACUACUUCAUAUUAAAAUAAAAGCGAAGAAAAUCCCGGGAAGUCACCACUCUGAAAGAAAGUUGACAAACGGACCCUAAUUAUACCACAAUAAUUGUGGGAGCCGGCUUGCACGGUGUAUACCGGUAUAAUUUGGCGCUCCCUUUGAAUAGAAGGAUCGAUAAAUAAUGGCGUGUAAAUAGGCUAUUUCCGAGUCAGUGCCUUAAGCCUAUUCAUGUUUCCGUCAAAGCGAGGCUAGGCUAUGUGGAAAGCUACUUAUAUGAAAAUGAUUUGUUAUUCUCAUUCUAAAACUCAUUUCCACCAGAAAGGUUUUGCAGUUAGUUUCGUUUUGAAAGUGGGAGACUUUAAUUUGGAACUUGGAAAAGGCUAUUGGCCGCUGACAAAUCGUACCACGUAAACAGCCUUCCUUGGCUUACACCUAGCGUGGUUAAACUCUGGUAACCAUGGUACAGGUCUGGCACAAUGUCUUUAACCAAGCUAAAUACCUGCGUGAUUUGAUUUCAACCACUUCAUUUCUGUGUGUAUUUCUCACCUAUGAAGCUUUGUCAUCAAUGCAAUGAAUAAUUCUUGCCGGGGAAAAAAGGAAAUUAUCAGAGCCCAGAUGGUUUGGAAAUCGGAUUCUUAUGUUUUUAGUUAUGCGAGCUCUGCUUUGAAUUUCCUUCUCGAGAAUUAUUUAUGAUUUGAGAAACUGCAUCCCACAUAUCUGGUAUCGCGACAUCUCCAAGUCGCUUUAAAAAUGAUUUCACUCGUUUUUACUUAAACAGUACAGUUCUAGUAGUAUCAACUGAACGUUUAUACUUCCCUUAUAGGCAAGGACUCUGGGAUACAAAACCUCGGAAAACCGAAGAAAACUGAAGAAAAGAAGCGAAAUGAAACUGUUUUCAGUGCUACCAUUAUUUCUCUCAAUCAGCUUAUGCUUAUGCUUAUCAGGUACUAUGUAUUUCAUAAAUCAGUGUAUGAGAACUACAGACCCUUCCAGUUCCUCUAACAAGAUGCAUGGGAGAAACGAAACUGGGGCGGAUUAAAGGAACUGUUUCACUGUAGAUUUUAGUCGUUUUUGCCAAGUUUUGCCAGCUAUUGCUAAGAAACUGAAAAUCAAGGAAGAAAUUACUUCCAAAUGACAAAUUCAUUAUUUCUUCAUAGCAAUAAUGUCUUAGUCUCAAAGAUAUACAAGGUGAAAAAAGCAACGGAUAUAAUUUUUGAAAAACUCAUGGUUUAAUAGGCUGAGAAACAAAACCAACUAAUUUCAUUGAUGCGAAAUCUUUUGUAUGCAUGUAUUCAAGUGCGUAGUUUGGUCAGCCAGUUUAAUUUAGUAAUGGCUGAAUUAUGCUAAUCUGGCGAAAUCUGGGCUCAAUUUCGCGACACAGGCCUCUUGGUUCUUGACAUGCCGCUGAGAAAUUUGUCUCCGCUCGUUAUUUUAUUAUGUUAUUUUUUUAUUUGAGCCGUUGUUGAUUGAUGGAGAAAGUUGAAUUUCAAAGAUCCCAACUGAUAGCCAAAAAAGUAAGAAGUAAGUACUGUUCUAUUUAAUUUUAAGGCGUCAAACUUAGGUCCACCUUUUGCUGCCUAAACUUCUUUUCUCUGUCUAAAUCCGCGCCGCUAUUUUUGGAUAGAGUUCUGAUCCCUAGCUGUAUUUUUCUAUCGGCAUUUUAACGUCGUUCUCCUCCUUGCCUCUUCCCAAGACUGCAAUUUCGUAAUUUCACAUGUGAAAAUAUGAAGUAAACGCUAAAAUUUCGAGCUAAAAUUAAGGUGCAAUUUGUCACCCACGACAUUGUUUUAAUUGUUCAGGCCAUAAAUACCAAGUCUAACGCUGGUUAGUCCGACCAUGAUUCAACCCAUUUCAAUUUCUUUUAGGUUGUCCCAAAGGUUGGACGCAGUUUAAAGGCUACUGUUACCUUGUGGGGGGCUCCAUUAAGACCUGGGACCAAGCCCAAGAGUUCUGCAAACAUCGUGGAGGAGAGCUAGUGAAGAUAAAUAGCUUCGAAGAAAACGAGUUUGUACUCAAGCUCGUUAACCAAUGCGAUCCACCUCUUAAACAGGUUUGGAUCGGACUCAGAUGGAAACCUUACUCCAAGACGUUUCUCUGGUCUGAUAACUCGAUUCCAUUCUUCAAGAAUUGGGCUCCUCAUGAACCGAAUGGAAAAGCCAGCGAACCUUGCGGCCACAUGUACACGGGGCACAGGGACCCGAUCUAUCGUCCGUCGGGUUCCUGGAAUGAUCUCCCUUGUGAGGGCGUACCCCAUCUUCCCAAUGGUCUUGUCUGCAAGAGGCUGCACAUGGUAUGCUCUUGAUUGCUGAUAAGGAAACUACACUCACACGAUCAAAGCCGAAGUUAGUUGACGGGAUUUCCCUUCUAUAGUGUAAACGUAGCGCUCGUCCUUUGAUUCAUGUAUGGACAAUAUGUCCAUGUAACCAAGCUAAUAAAAAAAGAGAAGUGUUUAGAUGUAAAAUAAUGCAAUGGUGGCUUGAAAAUUAAACAGAG